UUUAAAGAUGGCGGAGUGCUUGGCUGCACGUUUGGCCGCCCAGGAGGACCAAAUUCAUCUCCUCACCCGGGAAAUUUCCACUCUUCGAGAUGGGCUUUGCCGUGGUCUGGAUGCCGUCGGUGCUGGGGUUGUUACUCCGGAGCUGGAGACGCUUCGAACCGAGAAUGAGAAGCUGAAGUACCGGCUGCUGCACCUCCGCCGCGGUCUGCAGGCGGAGCUGGAGCUGGAGGAGGCGCAGGGAAGGAGGCAACCAGGGGCCAAGUGGGACACAGCCCCUGGAAAAAGCACCGGCAAAGACCAACAGAGGAAUAACCGAGCUGAUAAUAAGGUGGCAACCCCGGAUACAAAAUCAGGUGACAAAAAUAAGAAGGAGAAGAAACAGGAAAAAGGACCUGGAGAUGGAGGUGCGAAAGAGCUGAAACCCUGGCCUACAUACAUUAAUGAGCGCCUCAGCCUCUAUGAAGAGCUGAAGAGGGAGAGUGAUGCCCUGCUCGCCCAGAAAGCUGCACACAGCAAACCCAUCACAGUGGAGCUCCCCGACGGCCGCAAAAUGGCCGGAAAGGCUUGGGUCACCACCCCUUACCAACUGGCCUCUGACAUCAGCCAAGGCUUGGCUGACAAUGCUGUGAUUUCUCGGGUGAAUGGUGAACUCUGGGACCUGGACAGACCUCUGGAGCAAGACUGCUCUUUAGAGAUCUUGCGCUUUGACAAUGAGGAUGCUCAGGCUGUGUACUGGCACUCCAGUGCUCACAUCUUAGGGGAGGCCAUGGAGCGCUUCUAUGGUGGCUGUUUAUGUUAUGGACCCCCUAUUGAAAAUGGCUUCUACUAUGACAUGUUUCUGGAUGGACAAAAGGGAGUUUCCAGCACUGAGUUUGGGGACCUGGAGGGUUUGUGUAAAAAUGUGGUGAAGGAAAAGCAGCCCUUUGAAAGGUUAGAGAUCAGCAAGGAAACACUACUGAAAAUGUUUAAGUAUAACAAAUUCAAGUGCCGCAUCCUGAAUGAAAAAGUCACCACCCCUACAACUACAGUCUACAGAUGUGGACCCUUGAUUGACCUGUGCAGAGGUCCCCAUGUCAGACACACAGGCAAGAUCAAGGCCAUGAAGAUCUACAAGAACUCUUCAACCUACUGGGAGGGCCGCUCCGACAUGGAAACACUACAAAGGAUCUAUGGGAUUUCCUUCCCGGACUCAAAGAUGCUGAAGGAGUGGGAACGUUUUCAGGAGGAGGCCAAGAAUAGAGACCAUCGCAAGAUUGGCAAAGAUCAGGAGCUUUUCUUCUUCCAUGAUCUCAGCCCUGGCAGUUGUUUCUUCAUGCCACGUGGAGCAUACAUCUACAACACACUCACUGAGUUUAUCAGGGAUGAGUACUGGAGAAGAGGCUUUCAGGAAGUAGCCUCUCCAAACAUCUACAACAGCAAACUGUGGGAGACAUCAGGCCACUGGCAACACUACAGUGAAAACAUGUUCUCUUUCCCUGUGGAAGAUGACAUCUUUGCACUGAAGCCAAUGAACUGCCCCGGACACUGUCUAAUGUUCAGCCACAGGCCUCGUUCAUGGAGAGAGCUCCCUCUGAGGCUGGCAGAUUUUGGGGUCCUUCACAGGAAUGAACUGUCAGGAACACUUACAGGACUGACCAGAGUUCGCCGCUUCCAGCAGGAUGACGCUCACAUUUUCUGCACAAUGGAACAGAUCGAGUCAGAAAUGAAGGGCUGUCUGGACUUCCUCCGCUGUGUUUACGACGUGUUUGGAUUCUCCUUCCAACUUCACCUUUCCACUCGUCCAGAGAAGUACUUGGGUGACAUUAGUGUAUGGAACCAGGCUGAGAAGCAACUGGAGAACAGUCUGAAUGAGUUUGGGGAACCAUGGAAACUGAACCCUGGAGACGGGGCUUUUUAUGGACCUAAGAUUGACAUAAAAAUCAAAGAUGCAAUUGGACGUUACCACCAGUGUGCAACCAUUCAGCUGGACUUCCAGCUGCCAAUCCGCUUCAACUUGACCUUUGUGGGGAAAGAUGGGGAUGACAAAGUCCGACCCGUCAUCAUCCAUCGGGCCAUCUUGGGCUCAGUGGAGAGGAUGAUUGCCAUUCUCACAGAGAACUAUGCAGGGAAAUGGCCACUCUGGAUCUCUCCACGUCAGGUGAUGGUAGUGCCUGUUAACCCUUCCCUUGAAGAUUAUGCAAAAAUGGUGUGUAAGCAGUUCACAGAAGCAGGUUUCAUGGCAGACGCUGACUUGGACUCUGGCUGCCUUCUGAACAAGAAAAUUCGUAACGCUCAGUUGGCUCAAUAUAACUUCAUUCUUGUGGUUGGAGAAAAGGAGAAGAUGACUAACAGUGUCAACGUGCGCACGAGAGACAACAAAGUCCACGGAGAGCUGUCAGUGGCUGAGGUGUUAGCUCGCCUGACCCUGCUCAAACAGUCUCGCUGUCGAAGCGCCGAGGAGGAAUUCUGAUCAAGAAAAACAGCAAAUUACCCUUGAUCACCUGAGUUAUACAGCCACAAUCAGAUAAGCUGUAAAAAGGCAAGUGAUGGCCCACAUGAAGGCGGUAAUAGAAAUCAGAAAGGGAAUCCGAUCAGUGGUAAUCGCGCAAGUAAAUAAAACGAAUGAAAUUGUAAAACUGUGAAAUGCACUUGGAAAGGUGGAAAAAAUGAAGGUUUGAUUUUGGUUUUGUGACAGCAUUUUGUAUGUAUCAUCGUCAGUACAUGUGAAGGGAAGUCACUUAACAGGUUAUGGAAACUACAUCAUGUUGAAGGGUAUGCAAGUAUGUCACUGACUUAAUUUCACAAUUGAGAGUCUCUGAACUGUAUUCACUAGAAAUAAAGCAAGCUUCUGUA